CAAGCAUUCCAAGCAUUAUGGUCCCGGGCGGGGCAUCUACAGGUGCGACGACGCUACGUAACACCCGUGCCCGGCCAUCUGGACCGCAGUGACCGAGUCCGCCCUGUCACGGCAUUCUCGGGAGCCAUCGAUGUCGAAACUUUCCGCUCGCUCGCCUGGGAGCCCGCUAUACCAGUGCAUCUGAACAGGUUCCACCGGCUGCCAGCCAUGAAGAGCUGGACCACGGCAAACGACCAAGUAACAGGGCUAGUCGCGUUCGGCGGCGACAAGCUGGAGUCUUUCUCUGAUACUACGGAUUGCUUGAAAGGAUUUCAAGCGUGGCUUGCCCGUGCGUCGACCAGUCCGCACAGCCAUUUUCUAGAGAACCUCAUCAGUCGAUUGCUAGAGUCAGCAGAGAAUAGUCAAUCGCGCUUUCUACAAUUUGACGCCCCGCUCAGUCUCAUCAUCCAGGCCUCUCAGUACAACAGAGGCAAGGAAAUUAAGCCCUCGCAACGCGUUAGCCAGCUUUACAUCGCGCAGUCUGAUAUCCGGAGUCUCCCAUCGGCACUGGGGAAAGACCUGCCCGUGCCCGACAUCGUGGGCCGAGUCGGAAAAGGUGACAUUUACAACUCGAGCAUCUGGCUAGGACUGCAACCCACCUAUACACCACUACACCGAGACCCCAACCCCAACCUGUUCUGCCAACUGGUCGGGUCCAAAGCCGUGCGUCUCCUGCGCCCGAGAGCUGGACUGUCGGUAUUCGAACAUGUUCGCAGGAGCCUCGGGGCAGUCGGAAAUUCACGGUUCCGCGGUCCCGAGAUGAUGGAUGGCCCCGAGCGAGAAGGGCUCCAUCGUGCUGUAUGGGGCGACCCGGGCGCAUCGAGGGAGGUCUGGCAAGCCACGUUGGGCCCCGGCGACGCCUUGUUCAUCCCCCAAGGCUGGUGGCAUAGCGUUCGGAGCGUUGGGCAUGAAGCCGAACUCAACGCUUCGGCCAAUUGGUGGUUCAGAUGACAUAUGAUUGCAACCGCAAUAUAUCGAUUCCUA